UGAGGAUCGAUAUCGUAGUUUUAACGCGACUCCAGCACCAGCUAUGUGAUCGGCCUCCGAGUAGCGUCGUGCGUCUCGCGUCGACUUGCUCCGAUCGUGGUGACGGCGUCCGAACUUUAAACGCGACUUCCCUACGGGCACGCGCGCCGGAGUUCAUUGUGCGUCGGAGUGCGUGAAGUUGGUCGCGUCGCGUUCGGUCUUUUGCCGGAGAGCUGAACGAACUUGAUUUCGCUAAGGUACGUUGCAGCCGUCAAUUAACAUUGCAACGCGGCCUCUCGCACGGAAUCAGCCGUGAUCGGGCCUUCAUUCGGAAGGAUCGAGCGUCGUUUUGACGAAUUGUUCGUUUGUGAGUGCUUCGUCGACGCACGGAUUACAUCGUGUGGGAUUCACUGAACUUCGAGUAAGGGAGCCGAACAAUCGCGUAUUCCGAUGUUAACGGUCGGAAGUUUCGGAUAUCCCGGGUUCGAAGAGGUUAGAAUUCGAACGGAGUCGGCACGCGGAGAAUCCGGAUAUCCGACGCUCUAAACGAAUCUAAGACUUCGGACUUACUCGACUGAGAUAUAUCUGAAAGUUGUGCAAAACUCACCCCGACAUUUUGAUAGUUCUAGACUGAAAAAUCCGUGAGAGUUUGACGAUAGUGAGACGGUAGAUUUUGAACGUUUACAGCUAAAGCCUCGAACAUAUCGAGCGAACAUAUAAGAUUUAAAGGCUCGAAUAUAAUGCGCACUAUACCGAAGAUUUGUAAUCGUGAAAGGUCAAGGAUCUAAAAGAAUUCUCCCGAAUUUCAAGAGAGAGAAUGAAAAACCUAAGCAUCCAAGGUUCCAAGGAAUCGGCAAUUAGGAUCUAAGUGACUCCGAUUGUUCAAAAAUUGGAGCACUCUACGACCGCGAGGAGAGAUAGAUAGAGGAAAUCGGCGAACAGUUUCGAGAAUAAAGGUUUGAGGCAACUCAAGUAGCUAAAUAUUUCAACAUCCUGGUGUCGGCAACGGUCCAUUUAUUUAGUGGAGCAUUCAAUCAAAAGUGGGACGUUCGGCGGUAUCCACGCGCAAAAGGAGCUCGCGCUUUCGUAAGCGAAAGUGAACGGGUAGGAGACUAUAGAGCACGAUCGAGAGUGAAACGGGUCUCUCUCCACGAGAGUAGGUGUCCAUUCGAGGACGAGGCAGUGAACCGACUGACGGCGGUUCAUAUUCGGCGGUACGUCCGGCCGGCUAUUUCUCCCGCUAACCUCACCGGGACAAGUGGCAAACUUGAAUAUCUUGAUAGCCGAUGCACGCGGAUUGAUCCCCGGGGACGCUCGUAGAUCACGGCCGAUCGCGUCGAUCUCCAGCGCCGGAAGACGGAUAGGGUGAUCACGAUAGGACUGAUCGUUGCUAAAGGAGGACCGAUAAAACAUGUCGAGACUGCUGAAAGGAGAGCCAACGGGCGGUUGUGUGAUUGGCUCGUGCGCGGAUCGGAGAUCGUAUUAGCCCGGCAGUUGGCAGUGACGCAUGUCGUGAGCCACGUGAGAGCGAGGGAGUAACAACGUGGUGGUUGGACGUCACGCAGGAUCGGGUGAUCACAGAGAGAGUUUACGUGCAUGUGUGAGAAAAAGAGAAAGAGGGAGAAGAAGGGGCGAGAAAACGAUUAAGAGAAAGAAGAGAGAAAGAGAGAGAGAGAGAGACUGCGAGGCGAGGCUGCUCCUAGAGAGAAGGCUAUCCCUACCGAAAAGUCAUAUGCCCAUACACACGCGUAAGACGCGUGCGGCUUACGAAGAAAUCGAAAUGGUGGAGCUGUGUGGUAGCGGCCAAGCUUCCUCGGCUAUGGGGGUGAUGGGCAUCGGCUCGGUGGUGUCCGCGGCGACGUCGUCGUCCUCCUCAUCGACCACCACUACCACGGGAGCCUCGUCCUCCGCGUCGGGUCGCGCCGGCGUUCUCGAGACCCAAGUGCGCGGUCAAUGGUAUCGCGUGUUUGUCUCUCUGGAAGACGAUUAUCUCAGCAUCUCGCUCGACGAGAGCUGCGAGACCAGUAACAUCGCCCUGAAUAACGGCAACAUCAACAAUAACAACGUGGACAGUCUCAACGAUCCGGAUGUGCCCGACUCCGUGGCCAAUCAGAAGCGCAUUGUCCGCGUGGUCAAAAGCGACAACAACGGCCUCGGGAUUUCGAUCAAAGGCGGCAAGGAGAACAAAAUGCCGAUCCUCAUCUCGAAGAUUUUCAAGGGCAUGGCUGCAGACGCUACCGAACAGCUCUACGUUGGCGACGCCAUUCUGGCGGUGAACGGCGAGGAUCUGUGCGAAGCGACGCACGACGAGGCGGUGAAGGCGCUGAAGAGGGCCGGCAAGAUUGUCGAGCUGGAAGUUAAGUACCUGCGAGAGGUAACGCCAUACUUCAGGAAGGCUUCGAUCAUCCAGGAAGUGGGCUGGGAACUUCAGCGCGGUUUCCUCAGCGCGACGCCGCCGCCGCCAAAGUCACCACCGCGAGCGGAUACUCGUUAUCUGCCAUUACAACUCUGCAGACUCACCAGAGCGCAUCCCUCUUCCGAUCCCGAAGGACGCAUCCUGGAGCUACACUCGCCCGACGGCGUCCACGAGUGUUGGCUGAGAACCACUGACAACACAGAAGCGAAUGUCUGGUUCAAUGCUUUGCACUCGGCGCUGGCAGCCCUCACCUUGAAAGCGUUACGACUGGCCUCAGCACUUCCGGAUCCGCAGCAGCUUCAGCAUAUCGGCUGGCUCGCGAGGAGACAUUGUCUUCAGAACGGACGGGCCAGCAGCGAGAGCAGCGAGGACGGGGCCGGAAGCAGUGCGAGCACUUCGCGAGGAGCCGGUAGCGGAUUUGGUCUGGCCGGUGGAUGCACCGGCGGAUGGCGUAGUGUCUUCGGUGCAGUUUCGGGACGGGAGCUCAGAUUGUACGAAUGUGCGCCUUGGAGCCCAGAAGCCUGGGCUUCCCCGAGCAUUACCUGCCCGCUUAUCGCGACACGGCUGGUUUCCUCGCCGACGCGACAGAACGAAGCGGCGAGCAGCAGUAGCGGCUCGACUCAGCACGGGGCAACGUUCGCGGUCCGGGUCGGCACGAUCGACGGGGUGAUCACGCAUCACUUACGGGCCGAAACGCGAAGAGAUCUGGCGGCCUGGGCGCGGGCGAUCGUUCAAGGCUGCCACGCGGCCGCUCACUCUCUGCGGGAAUACACUGUCCGUUGCACGUGGCAGGGCAAGUCCUGUCAGCUAGUUGUCAACCAUGAGGAAGGUUUCGCGCUUUACACCGCCGGAACGCGGGGCACUGCUGGGAAUGGCGUGAGUCCUGGAUCGCCGCCCACGCCACUCUGGAGAAGAUCCUUCGACAAAUUGAAAAUGUCCUCGGACGACGGCGCCCGUCUUCUGUGGCUCGAUUUUGGAGGCGAAGACGGCGAAAUUGAGCUCGACCUAGAGAGCUGUCCGAAACCGAUCGUGUUCGUCUUGCACAACUUCCUCUCGGCGAAAAUUCACCGGCUCGGUCUGAGUGCAUAGGGGCACGAGGGGGCCCUGACAGAGGCCCCCGACCUCCCUCCUCACACUACCAGGUCCGUUACCAGCGUCUUUCUUCACUGAACCAGAAAGAAUUGCGACGCGAAAGGGAAAGGGGGGGCUUCUCUUUUCGAUGAUUCGACGGUAAGGAGAUUCGAUGAGACACGAAAUGUCCUGACGGAUAAAUUCCGCGUCGCGUGCAUCCUCUUCUGGUUCUGGAGCUUUGGAAAUCAAGGAGGAAGGGAUUUGGAGUGAGAGAGGGUUAAUAGUAAGAUAAUAAGUUCAGAAACGACUGGUAGAAUAAAGAAUUCGUGAGUAACGGUCCGAGGAUUCCACAAUUGGGAGGCUCUAUAAUAUGAGAAACGGAUCUAACAGUCCCAGUGUAAGUGUUUUCCAAGUACAUAAUAUUCCAAAGGCUGAGAAAUCUAAGAUUCCACGUAUCAAAUAUUUAAGAUUUAAGAGUCCAUCGAUCUAGAUUCUAGUAUUUGCGAAUGUAAGAUCUAGUUGCUGGGGACAGCGCUAGAGAAAGAAGGAAAAAAAAAAUGAACACGCCGGGAACCGAAGAUUUUAGAAUCCUCAAGGGUCAUAUCCUACUUUGCAAGUUAUAUCCGCGUGCUCCAGCAUUUAAUGUGUCAGGUAUUCUCGAAAGCCCAAGCGUUCGCAAUUUCCAACAAAUUUCCGAGGUGACGGGAUCCAGUGUCUAAAGCUCCAAAAGUGUCCGAAGUUCAAAAGUCUCUCAACGGCCUAGUUUUCCUUACUGAGGAUCCGAAGUUCCAAAUCGCACAUAUCCCAGAAUUCUCGGACUCGGUCCAGGGAUCCCAGCGUCUCGUCAGGGAGAUACAAGCGGGAUAAAGGAAAGGUUGUAUAAGUCUGAUGGUGCAUGUUGGCGAGGAUCUCCGAGAGAAGCUCGAUCGCGAUAAAUCGUGUCCGUCGACCCGAGACGGUCGUUAAAAAUCGGACGGCAGUCCCUUUUCUCGCUUUUCCCCGUAACGAUAAUCGAUACGAAGCCAUCCACGAGACGAUAUAUCGAAGAAAAUACGACAAGAACGGAGAAACGAAGAGGAACACCCACGCCGCUAAUCAACGCGCCUAAGUAACUAAUUAAUUAACUACUUACCUAACCCUAAGUCUAAUCGCGAGGAACUGACUCGGCAGAUUAUCGAUAAAUAUACAGUGUCGGGUGUUGCGAUUUCUGUAACGAGCAUGUAAAUCAGAUGAGCAUGGUUGUUUAAGCGAUUGUUUAAACGACGAUGACGAGACACGGCCUGCGAAUGUAAUUUGAGCAGUCAGGCUUCCGGGAAAUAAUGUUGCGCAGUUGUAGAAUCGAUGAUUGUUAAAUAAAAAAAGAGAAAAAAAUUAAUGUUUCCAUUGUCGGAGAGAUAAACCAUUCAUGUUAAAUCAAAAUUUCUCUCUCAAUUGUGUUGACUAUUUGUUUUCAUCAGAAAUUAUUUGUUUAAUAAAAUUUGCGGAACAAAUAUUUUAUUGCAAACAAUAAAACGCCCGGGUAAGGGCUUCGAUUUUAUUGCGUGCAAAUAUUUAGAUUUAAUUUUAAUUUAAUUAAUUUAAUUAAGUCGCUUUAAUUAAAUUACGAUAUUUUAGCAGAUGAUUUACAUGCCAUUUUCGCCUUUGUCAAUUUGUGCUUUAAUAUCUUCGUUAAUGUAUUAUUUGGAAACAAAUGGAAAUAGGCCACUGAUGAAAACCCUGUUAGUUUGACGAACUUCAGAUAUUGACACUUAGUCAAUUGUCGUAUAAAUUGUCUGUUAUUUCGAUCGAUUCCAUCAAUUUUCAAUAUUCCACACAGACAUUCUUCUUGUAUGACAUUUUGACGAGAGAUCUCGCGAAACUAACACAACAUUCUUCGCGACGUAAAAUCGGAGGGUUUGCCUUCGUCGUUUAAACAUCGUGGUAACUCUGCGCGCAUGGUCGAGAGACGUUUAAGUGAAAAGCGUACUUGUUACGAAAGUAGAAACUAAUCACGAUAAGGCCCGUGUUUCCAUCGUGCGUUUAGCGCUUGACACGGUCACCCGGUCCUAAGAUCUAAUCCUCAUCAAGUUAUCACGUUGUGUGCAUUUGACGUGACCUUAGACACCAAUCAUAUAUAAUCACAUUUAAUAUUAUAUAAUAUUAUAUUACGACAGAAUUGAGACUAUAUCCACGAUAGAAUCCACUAUAGAGCGUCACAAUGUCGUAAUAUUUGAAAGUAAUAUUCCAGGAAACGCGCGGCGACAUUUAAUGCCACAUUUGUGUCGAUGUAAUUGCGGGACUCCGGCGUUAAUCGCACUGUGGAAACACGGCCGUUAUUAUCUAACAAUGAGCCGCCCGUUGGCAUUCGACCUGCCAGUUCCCUCGAAGACUUGAAGAGUUUACACGGUUUUUUAAGCUUACAGCGGAUUCUUCGCACUUUCUUUCCGAUUCACGGUUCAAUUUACGGUAGAUCGAACAGAGGAAGAAACAUAUCAUUAAAGUAACUCCACCUUGAAAGAGUCAUAUCACGCAAACAAUGGAUCCCUUCGUACAAUUAGGUCACCGUCAGGAUUGUUUUCCAUAUCUUGAUUAAUCGCUGGGAUAUAGAUUUAUAAGAGAUUACGCACUGACCCUCUGUGAAUUACAACACAGAUAUCGCAAUAACGCGUUAUAUUAAGUGUUGCACAAUGUAGUCGUUAGGCGUUCGUUUCGCGAAAGAAGUAACAACCGAUUGUAACACGAAAAUGCACAAAAUAUCAAUGAAUCAAUGUGUGAUAUUAACGGUUCCUGCAAUACGUGGACAUCAAAAUGACCGACGUGCACUGCGGUCGUAACGAGAGAGAAUACAAUCAUUUUCUUCUGAUAGUUGACAGGAUCGUUUCGCCGGCGGAGAUCGAUGCUCGGCGGCGCGCCUGUUUAAAUUUGCAUUCCGACAUUGAGAAGUAAGGAGAUCAAAACGGACAUUCAGCGGAUUACGAUCGUCUCAUUUUUAGAUAUAAAAUCUGAAAGUAUAAAAAUCGCACUCGGACAAUUGUGGAAAGAGGAGUCGUCGGGUAUUGUAGAGAAACGGUCCCGAGAAUCGACUGUCGUAUAUUCGGCGGUGAGUGUCACACCUCACGUACUUUAAUUUUACACCGAGAUUUCUGGUUCGUUUUUUUUCCGAAAAAAGUCGCGCGUGUCGCACCAAAGUCCGCGGAGUUGGGAACACCUGGAAAGAACUUAAGGAGUUUACUCCCUUGAUCUUCUGGCGAGAACUUUCCGAGAUAACGUGUUUCGUUUCGGUAAGACGAUAUUUAUGUCACUCCCCCUCCAAUCCGCAGUCAAAGCGCCUCGAGUGAGUAUACGGAAGUUGGAAUAUCCUGCGCGUUUCUCGGCCAAAAUACCUUCUCGGAAUUGUACUCGAGAGCCGCGAGGCGAUCGCCAUCGAUCUCAGCCAGACAAAAUGGAAAUAUCCUCCUCGCGACCGUUCCGAGGCGAGAAGCGAGGCUGACUUACGUUCAGGAUCCUUCGUCUUCAUGUCCUCGCGUUAAAAGAGGAUUCCGGCGUUCUUGAAUUCCUGAAUUCGGCACUGUUAAGAUCCCGGUCUGGCGAUGCGCGCACAUUCACAUUUCUUUUUAUCGCCGGGACGACAGCUGAAGUUGCGCGAAAAUGUAAAAGUGAAGUUUUGAUAUAACAAUGCGCGACGAAACUGAGGUAGAAAAUGAAAGAGUUAGCUUACGUGCGAAAACUGGGAAAAAAGGAGCAAACAGCUGUUUUCCCCUCCAAGAAUAUCAAAUGGUGAAGUUUAGUGUGCAGAAUCGAGGGAACCAAGUGUGUCGAUGCUAAUCUAGAAAAAUGAUCCAUUUUUGCACGAUCGAAAAAAUUGCCCAAACGAUUGUUGCACGAAAUUCCUUAAACAUUUUGAUUUUAUGGACGUAUGAAUUAUGAUUCAUACGUUCGCGAUAAAUUUGCACAACAGUCGUUGCCGGGCAAACUUUUAGGUGGUGUAUGGUUCGUCAAAAAAUAUCGUUCUGAACCACUUCGGCGUUGCUUAUGACUUUAGGCGAAACUUCAUCAGAGGAGCGGAACGCGAGCGUGGAGUAGAAGCAGGUUCCUUCAUAAAUCAAUGGGCGGCCAUUCUAGCUGUUUUGUACGAUUCGUAUCCUUUAACGCAGAUAAACCUAAGAUAGUAAGGAGCGUCGAUGUGUGCAGCCUGAUUUCUUUGUUUCUCCGAAUUGCAUGUUAAAAUUGAUUAUUCGUGUCUUCACGUUGAAGAUGAAAAGUGUAACUAUUUAGAGAUCAUCGGGAGAAAGGAGGAUGAAGUUUCGUGAUUCUUGUUCUCAAAGAGAGAUCCAUGACUCUUCUGCCCUAAAGAUAAAAAUAAAAUAAAGGCUGUUGGAGGAUUUAAUAAUCAAAGAAUCCAUGACUUUUUACAAUCGUCAAACUCUAAUUUUUUAAUGAUACGUUUAUAAGUAAAUUUAAUUUUACUAAAGUUUACUGAUAACUUAUUCAAAAUAAAUGUUAAGGCAGCGUCCAAUACAAAUCACGGCGUCUAAGAAUGAAAGAAUUAAAGAAUUUAUGUAUCUGGAUAAAUCAUCAAUUCUAGAGUUUACAAAUGGUGUAAGGAUUUGCAUAAAUUUAGUUUUCCAAAGUCUCAAGGUGUCCUGUAAAAGUUUACAAAAUCCUUGUAAGCCAAAUUUAGACGAUCUAUGCUCGUGGUUAUUGCAAAUUUGCACUCGAGAAUUCUUUUAAUUUUACAAGCGAAAGUGUCGACUCGGAAAUUAAAUAUAUAUUAGCAAUUAUCUGUCACUGGAGUCCUUAAAUGAUUUAGAAACGACGAAAUCAGGCGUCGAAGGAAUUCUAUCCUUGACACAAAGUUGCGGAAGAAUGUAAGAAUGGAUUUUCUUCACAGACUUUUAUAGCAUAUUGAAGUAUAUUAACAUACUAUACUUCACCAGACUAUAUAUCAAUGUAAGUAAUCAUUAGCCAUUUCUUUCAUCCGCAUAAUUUGCUGCAAGAUGUACCAUCUGUGUCACCGACGAAACAAUAAAAACCGUUUCUCUAUAUUCAGAAAUUCGUUCGUAGCAUUUCUACAUCUUGGAGUAUCACACAUUCCUGAAUUUGUUUCUUCUUCUCGAUACUUGUUAUAUAAGCAAUUUCCUUUCACUACUGUAAUAAUAACGAAACGAUAAUAUUAAUAUUAAUAACGAUAAUAUUAAUAAUAAUAAUAACAAUAAUAAUAUUUUUACUACUGGUAAAUUCUUGUAUCGCAAAUUUGACUAAUAUGGCGGUCUGGUGUGUGUUAUAGAGGCCUGUGAUUUUCUUUCUCUGUAUAAAUUCGAGUGUCUCCCAUCGAGAUUGUUGAGUGUUGUCUAGGGUGGACGUACAAUAAUAAGAUUUAGGCAUUAAGUAGACAUAUCAACGAAACAAUGUAUCAUUGAUUGUCUCCAUUUGUCAUUCUCCGAACGCUUCUUGCGCUUCUCGAGCCGAACCGGCGGAGUCUUUCAAACGCCUCGUAAUUUGCCCGCGGGCUCAUUCGUGUAUAUAGAUUAUUUAACGCUUUCGCCGCCAUGACGAUUACUGACAAUCGCUCGUUUAUUGUGUGUCUGUCCAAAAUUCUCGACAACGUUGCACUACGCUAAUCAGUGAUUCUCUAUGGCUAGGGAGUUAGAUUAGGUUGGAAAUGAUUAGGACUAUCGGUGAUUAAUUUUCUCAAACUUCCAUUUGUCUGUGUAUAGUAUUAGAUAAACUGUGUAAAUAUAUUAUAAUGAAUAUUUUAUAAGUUACGCGCUAGUGAUAUGCAGUCUAAUCUUUGGCAUCGGGAAGAGUGGCGGCGAGAGUGUUGAUGAUUACGGCAAAUGACUUCGCGCCCGUUUCGGAUCGGUGGAGCGUAACUCGCAGAAACAUGCGUAAGCAACUGUUAACGAGUUAUUAACGCGAUUAUCAGUGACAAGCUAAGUUAAACAUUGUGAAUUUCGUUGGCGGAUUCGUUCGCGCGUGAAAUGUGUAUUUUUAUAAUGAUUUAGAGCGAGUCGUUACCAGAAUGUGACGAGAUUUACUUUUGCUUUACUUUCUUUAAGUUUAGAAUGAGUUUAUGUAUCGAUGAGUUACCAAAUAAAAGAGA